AUGGCCGAUCGACAUCGCAGCCACCAUUAUGCCAGUCGGCCGGCGAGUGCAAAUCCCUCUCGGUCAUCUCUCCCCGCCGUCCCAUCCGCGACGACCAUCGCCACGGCGACUCUCAACACUACGCCGUACCUGCCUCGACGAGGCGUUCUCGCAGCUCUGCGCGGCCUUACCAUGGCGACGACUAUCCUCGUCGCAGGGACCGUGGAGACAGCCUUUUGA